GGUGCCUGCCCUGCCUGCUCCAGACUGCGGCGGGCAGAGCUGUUUGCUACAGAAAUGGCGGAGGGGGAGUUGGACGUCGACUCGCUGAUUUCCAGGCUUUUGGAGGUGCGAGGAUGUCGUCCAGGGAAGAUAGUCCAGAUGACGGAGGCUGAGGUGCGAGGUCUCUGCAUCAAAUCCCGGGAGAUCUUCCUCAGUCAGCCAAUCCUCCUGGAGCUGGAGGCUCCCCUCAAAAUUUGUGGUGAUAUCCACGGACAAUACACAGACCUGCUGAGGCUCUUCGAGUAUGGCGGCUUCCCUCCAGAGGCCAACUACCUGUUCCUGGGCGACUACGUGGACAGAGGGAAGCAGUCUCUGGAGACCAUCUGCCUGCUGCUGGCGUAUAAGAUCAAAUACCCCGAGAACUUCUUCCUGCUCAGGGGCAACCACGAGUGUGCCUCCAUCAACCGCAUCUACGGCUUCUACGACGAGUGUAAACGCAGAUUCAACAUCAAGCUGUGGAAAACAUUCACCGACUGCUUCAACUGCCUGCCCAUCGCCGCCAUAGUGGACGAGAAGAUCUUCUGCUGUCACGGAGGUCUCUCUCCAGACCUGCAGUCUAUGGAGCAGAUCCGACGCAUCAUGAGACCCACAGACGUGCCUGACACAGGCCUCCUGUGUGAUCUGCUGUGGUCUGACCCCGACAAAGACGUCCAGGGCUGGGGAGAAAAUGACCGCGGCGUCUCCUUCACCUUUGGUGCUGAUGUUGUCAGCAAGUUCCUAAACCGCCAUGACCUGGACCUCAUCUGCAGAGCCCACCAGGUGGUAGAAGACGGUUAUGAGUUCUUUGCCAAGCGGCAGCUGGUGACUCUGUUCUCAGCUCCCAACUACUGUGGAGAGUUUGACAACGCUGGCGGCAUGAUGAGCGUGGAUGAAACCCUGAUGUGCUCCUUCCAGAUCCUGAAGCCAUCUGAGAAGAAAGCCAAGUACCAGUAUGGAGGCAUUGGAGCGAUGAGUCGGCCCAUCACUCCUCCCCGCACAGCCCAACCUCCAAAGAAACGAUGAAGAAGGACAGAGGGAGGAAGAGACACAGAGAACGAGAGAGAGGGAGAUGAAUGUCAAAGAUUGUCUCCCGAUGGCUUUUCUCAACACAAAAUACGUAAAAGCAACACUUGGCAGAGAGAGAAAACCGAUGAACACGACGAUUUUAAAAAGACACACCCAAAUCUGUCUUUCAUUUUCUUUCUUAUCUCCCUCUGAACUGCUGUCGCACUCCCUUCUUCUUCCUCAAUGCUUUUUUUUCUCUGCAUCUGUGUAACAUUUUUAAAAGUGUUAAAAGGAAAAAACAAUACGGGGUGUCAUUCUGUAGCAUAUCGGAGUGGUUUUUUUUUUCUUUGUCUUUUUGUCCUUUGCCUUUUAUUUUCUUGACAACAGAAUGACGAUUAGUUUAGUUUACCACACCUCCUUACCCCCACCCCCCACCCCCCGCCUGUACAGACACAACAGGUAUUAAUGACGACUGCUGGGUUUUCAAUAAAUAAUACAGGAAAUGAA